UCACUCAUUGUGUGUCAACGAUGAUAGCGAAAAACGUCUUUCUCGUCGCGAUUGUCUUUUUCCUCAUGGAGUCGCACUGUGGGGAAAGCGCCAGUCUGAAUAACAAAGUUGACUAUAGUUAUUUGUUGGGGGAGAACUACAUGGUGGACUAUAGCAAUCCAUACAACAUGCGAUCAGAGGCAGUUCGUCAGUGCGAGUUGGCAGGAAUGCAUUUGCUGUCGAUUGAAACUGACGGCGAAUGGGAGGCCGUCAAGCUUUGGAUUCUCAUAAAUGGCGUUUACUGGGGUAACUUCUGGACGAGUGCCGUGAAAGAGGCCGGUUCGACGCGGUGGGUGUGGGAGUCAAGUGGAGAAGAGGUGACCAAUUUCCACUGGUCCAAAUCGCAACCGACGCUAGGGUUCAGCGACACCGUGAAGCACUGCAUCGGGUUUAGCGUCGAGCUCGGCGGAUGGUACGACUAUGUGUGCAACGAGGAAUCCCUUUCCUACUUUUGCGAGAAAGAGGAAAGCUGAAAAAUCAAGAAACAUUAUCAAUUAUCAUAAGAAAUCUCCAGGAAGGCGAUGAAGAAUGAAAAUUCACAGGAAAAAAAAUACUCAUAACGUGGAACGUGGAUAAUGUAUGAAUUAAGAAGCUUAACAGAAAAUAGUCGAUGAAAUGAAAUUAAACAAUAUGAAUUAAAAAAAAAUUUAAUUAUUAAAGGCUGCUACCAAAAGAUGUGUUAAAUAUUAGUAUAUAAAUUAUAUUACCGCAUUAAAUAUAUUUAAAUGACUCAUUGUGUGAGAAUAAAUUUAUAAAAUGUGUAACUAUUGAUGGCCCUCUCCAAAAGAUGUUACUUUUAAUGUAUACCAUUCAAUUCCAUCGCAAACAAAUUCAGUGUUGCUAUGAGAAGAUUCUACAAACACUCAGAUACAGCUUAUUUAUUCCUAAUAUUCUUCUUUUAAAAAUUCAUGAUUGUUUAAAUUUUUUUUCCGUCGACUGAUAAUGAAUAACAAAAAAUAUGAUAGCAUUGCUUAUGCAUUCUUAUUUGAGUGAUUUGGGUGGCCCUGAAAAGGGCCGAUUUUCGAAGACUGGUGCUUAUGCCUUCUUGUCGGUCUUCUUGGGCAGGAGGACGGCCUGGAUGUUGGGCAGGACACCUCCCUGGGCGAUGGUGACGCCGGAGAGCAGCUUGUUCAACUCCUCGUCGUUGCGGAUGGCGAGCUGCAAGUGAC